AUGGAACUAGUUAGUCCUUUGCAAUUCAGUGUUGUGCAACCAACUUUAUACAGAGGGUCGUACCCAAGAGAGAUAAAUCUACCGUUUCUAAAGUCAUUACAGUUGAAAAAAAUCAUAUCAUUUGUCCCUGAAGAGAUAACGAAGGAAGUAGAUGCAGUGCUAGUCAACUUCUGUGAAGAACAUUACAUUGAACUGAUACAUAUACAAAGUGGCAAGGUCAAACAGAAGAAAGAGAAGAAGAAGAAAGAGGACAAGUCUAAGGUAAAGAGAAAACAGAAACAAGUACCCAUUGAGUAUAGUACUGUCAUUGAAUGUGUUAAGAUUUUGAUAAAUAAAAAUAAUUAUCCCUGUUAUAUGCAUGGUGUUAGUGAUAAUGACAUUGUGAUUUCAUUAGUGGUAGCAUGUUUGCGAAAAUUCAGCUUUUGGAGUAAUAUUGCAAUAAUGAAUGAGUUCCUUGUUUAUAAUUCAAGCAUUAAUAUACAUGAACGUACUUUUAUUGAGAGUUUUAAUUCAGAAAUCAUUAUUGAAAAUAUGGAUAAGAAAGACAUUGUUAAUUGGAUUCAUUCUCAAUCAACAUCAUCGAGUUCCACUAGCAUGUUACCAAAAAUUAAAUUUGAAAGUUAG